UCUAACAUGCCUUCCUUUGGGUCUGCCUUUUCUGCAAAUGCGACAUUUAUUCGCCCUCCCACCUUUUACAUCAACGGAUUUUACAACAUUCCCCACACAAAGUACUAUUAUGUAUUUCUGUGUUUUGUCUAUGCUGUGACAGUUUUAGGGAACUCUUUCAUAAUGUGUACUAUCUAUCUAGCACGUACUCUCCAUACAGCCAAGUACAUUGCUGUAUUCAACUUGGCUUUCUCUGAUUUAUGUGGAAGUUCUGCUCUCAUUCCGAAGCUAAUUGAUACAUUGCUUUAUGCGAAUCAGUAUAUUUCCUAUGAAGCAUGUCUGGCAAACAUGUUUUUUGUUUUGUUUUUUAUGACCUUACAGUCUCUUACUCUGCUUGUACUGGCCUAUGACAGGUUGGUUGCAAUAUGUUUUCCUUUGCGGUAUCAUGACAUUGUUACUAAAGCAGCGAUGACUUUGAUCAUCGGUGUUACGUGGAUUUUCUCUAUAUCAAUCAUAGCACUUCUUGUAGCUCUGAUAACCAGACUGUCCUUUUGUAGAUCCACUACUAUUGACAGCUACUUUUGUGAUCAUGGCCCUGUCUAUGUUUUAGCCUGUAAUGAUUAUUUUUUAAACUAUCUCAUGGCUGUUGUCAGUUUUAUUGUACUGGCUUGCCUCCCAAUGGUAUUAAUAUCUGCCUCAUAUAUUUGUAUUGGUAUUGCCUUGCUUCGAAUUUCACACGGAGUUGAGAGGAAAAAAGCUAUGAAAACCUGCACCUCCCACCUUAUUUUAGUGGCAAUAUUUUAUCUCCCAUUUUUUGGAACUAACGUUGCUUCUCUUACAUCAUCCUUACAAGCAAAUAAUAGGAUGAUUAACUCUGCUCUGACACAGACUAUUCCACCUAUGUUAAACCCCAUUAUAUAUACACUAAAGACAGAGGAGGUCAUGCAGGCAAUUAAAAUGCUCUACAAAAGAGCAAAACUAUCCCAAGUCUCAGUAAGUAAAAGUAAAUAA